AUGCAGCCUGAUACAGACGGAGAACCACGGGACGCACAGCAGAGGUGGAGCCGCCCGUCCCUGCCCGUGUGACAAAGAGACUGCGACGAGCCACUGCUCUCUCUCUCUCUCUGGGUUGGACUCGUUCAUUCGUCUCGCGCUGGUCGCCCGCGCCUCGUCACAACGCGCGCGGGAGAUACGGGCGUCACCCGAUCGCCUAUCAGCCGUUUCCUCGCCACCAAACCCUCUCCUAUAAUCCAUAAAAAUCUUCCGCAGGAAGAACUCCGUUAGCUUCUUUCCUCUGUACGUUGUGGGUUUUUCUCUUCAAAGUCCCUAAUGGCGAUGGUGGCGGAUAUCGGCAGUCUUGCGGUACGGAUCCCGCCGGACCCUGCCGGUCUCGCUACGUCGCGGCAUGUCGGCCGAGAUUUUCAUCGACGGGGGUGGGUUUCGAGGCAAGCACUGCGGCGGAGCCUUGCGGUGAAAUCCAUGAGGAUAGCGGAAAGGGGCGGGCAGGCCCCGGAGUCUGGAUCCUCCAAUGGCCAUCUCUACCCGAAUCUGAACUUUAAGUUGAAUGCUUAUGAGCUUCAGUCAGGCACAUUCACUGAGAGGGAGACGAUGGUAGCAUCAAAUUCACAAAGGAAAACUAAGAUAGUAUGCACAAUUGGACCCUCAUGUAACACGCGUGAUAUGAUAUGGAAACUGGCAGAAGCAGGAAUGGAUGUUGCAAGGCUUAAUAUGUCUCAUGGAGAUCAUGAAUCACAUCAGAAGAUCGUUGAUUUGGUCAAGGAAUAUAAUUCUCAGUCCAAGGACCAUGUUAUUGCUAUAAUGCUGGACACGAAGGGUCCUGAGGUAAGAAGUGGAGAUGUGACGCAUCCUAUCUUGCUCAAGGAAGGACAGGAGUUUAACUUUACUAUCAAAAGAGGAAUCAGUUCUGAAAACACUGUCAGUGUAAAUUAUGAUGACUUUGUAAAUGAUGUGGAAGUUGAUGACAUUCUUUUGGUUGAUGGUGGGAUGAUGUCACUAACUGUAAGAUCAAAAACUGCUGAUACAGUCAAAUGCAAAGUAAUAGAUGGUGGAGAACUAAAAUCAAGGCGUCAUUUGAAUGUGAGGGGCAAGAGUGCUACUCUCCCAUCAAUUACAGAAAAGGAUUGGGAAGAUAUCAAGUUUGGUGUGGACAACCAAGUCGACUUUUAUGCAGUUUCAUUUGUUAAAGAUGCCAAAGUGAUACACGAACUAAAAGACUACCUUAAAAGAUGCAAUGCAGAUAUACAUGUUAUCCCUAAAAUAGAAAGUGCGGAUUCAGUUCCAAAUCUUCAGUCAAUUAUUUCUGCUUCAGAUGGGGCAAUGGUGGCUCGUGGAGACCUUGGUGCUGAACUCCCUAUCGAGGAUGUCCCUUUACUGCAGGAAGAGAUAAUUAGAAGGUGUAGAAGUAUGCAGAAACCAGUGAUUGUAGCCACAAAUAUGCUAGAGAGCAUGAUAAAUCAUCCAACUCCAACCAGAGCAGAAGUUUCUGACAUAGCUAUUGCAGUUCGAGAAGGUGCAGAUGCCAUCAUGCUAUCGGGUGAAACUGCUCAUGGAAAGUAUCCAUUGAAAGCUGUUAAAGUAAUGCACAAUGUAGCAUCAAAGACUGAAUCAACAAUAUCAAGCACCGUUAAGCACUCAAUUCCUGCAAUGGUAGUCCAGGCUGUAAGUGGCGAGGACUUCUCUCAAAGCCGGAUGAGUGCGCUGUUUGCUUCACAUGCAACAGCAAUGGCCAAUACUGUUGGCACACCUAUUAUCGUCUUCACACAAACUGGUUCCAUGGCGAUACUUCUGAGUCACUAUCGGCCUUCAUCAACUAUAUUUGCAUUCACGAAUGAGGAAAGAGUGAAGCAGAGGCUGUCUCUUUACCAUGGGGUGCUGCCCAUAUACAUGCAGUUCUCCAGUGAUGCAGAGGAGACCUUCUCUAGGGCGAUCAAGUUCCUGCUGGGUCAUGGGCAUCUGAAGGACGGGGAAUAUGUCACUCUAGUUCAGAGUGGAAUACACUCGAUCUGGAGACGGCAAUCUACGCAUCACCUUCAAGUUCGCAAAGUUGGAGGCUGAUGCGAUCUUCGUAUAGGCAAUUCUUUUACCACGUAGCUACUUGAUCUUUAAUUCCAUGUGCCGUUGCAAAAUGCACUUAUUGGGAUCUAUUAGCUCAGUUAAUUUUAGAGUAAUUUUUUUGAACUUGAUCUGAUCAUAAAUGUGAUAUAUUGUUUUGAUUCAUAACCAUUUUAUUUUAUUGGACCGAGGAUUACAAGCCAACCCGAGGACCAGAGGGGCUCAAAUAUGGAGACAGUGGGAGCCCAAAAGCAACUGCCCAAUGGUGAUGUGGCCACGUGGCGAAGUCGUUCCCGUCAAACUCUGACCAAUGAGGGGGCGCCACGUUUUCCACCUGUUCGUUCGCGUCGGGCGACUCUGGGUUGUCUGUUUCCCGUUUAAAGUAAACAUUGUAUUCCAAAUGCGACUUCUCGACGUGUUUACCGCCGUGUCAACCCGCUUCGUGAUUGAAGCAAGAUGCGGGUCCCAUAGCAGAAUGGUCGUGUUGGCGAGACGUGCCCGAAAGGGUAGAACGAACCCGCCCAAUUAUUAUCUGUCUAUUUGAGGACACAACGAAUAAACAGAGGCAAAGGGUCGUUAACCAA